UCCUGUGCAGGAAGAUGUCACUAGCCUGGCCGCAGUGUCCAUCUCACAGGAGUCAGAGAGGAAGCACAGACAACAGAGAAAGUGAAAGGACUUAAAAGAGGACUUACGGCCUUCCUCAAAAAAAUGUCUCCAGCAAGCACAAAGUCUUGGAUAUCCGGACUGACCUUCAGCUGUCUAGACUGCACUAAUGAAGUUGAGGAAGGGAGUAUGUGGAGGGAGCUGAGCAAACAGGAUGGUUCUGCAGAGCCGUGCUCCCCCAGCAGGCUUAGCUGUUCUCCUAAAAGAUAUUGCUAGUGCCUUGCUCCUGUGGCUCUUUGCCAUCACACCUUUUUGCUUCUGUUCUGAUCUUUCUAUCUGGCUGUCCCCAAUCCCGCUGUCCAUCAGUGCCUUUUCCGUGCAGGAGCAGAGAAGGUAAUGGAGAAUAAUGUCCUCUUUCAGGAAGAGGCUGUUGUGAAGUUAAAGAUCACAGUUAGCAUUAGGGUUGUCAGCAAAGUAUGGGUUUUAUUCAGACAGUCUGGGAAUUGAGGGUCUUUAUCCUGGGUGCCCAUGGUCACAAGGGCUACAAGAGAGACCAAAGCUAGCAAAAACGCUUCUCAUCUUCAGCCUCCAUAAUCCAUUAGAUGAGUAGAAACUCAUCAUCAUCUCUGGUUUCCCUGGGGUGGCUGGAGAAGACACAGCCGGCUGGCUGCUGCUGCCCCAGCACCAGAGCUGUUACCUGCAGCGAGGGGCUGGAGGGAGCUGGGGUAGGCGAAGGUGCUGACAUCCCAGGCAGCCCUGGCACACUCCCCUCGUGCAAAACGUGGCUGCUCCACGCUGUGCGCAUCGUCUUCUGCCAGCGACAACUGCUCCGUCACCACCUGGGACACGUGUCCAAGCUGGGCUGUCCUCGGUGAAGGCAGAUGGAGCUUGGAUGCACACGGCAUCUUGCUGCUUCUGCCGUCCUGACAAUAGAUAACCUCUGGAAGGUACCCAGGAGUGCUGGAUUAACAAAGGGGUUUUUUUACCUGUAGUGUUUUAGUGAAGACCAUUGCACUGAGAUGGGACUUGGUGGGGUCUGCGUACGAAAGCUUUGCUUUCCCGAAGGAGGUGUACUGUCAGCCCUGCUGCUCCCCAAGGUGGUUUUUAUUAACUGUUAAGCCUCCUGGGCCUGAAUCAAUGCGAAAGAGCCCUGCAGCAGCAUGCGUUGCUGAAGAGGUGCCAGCUGCAGGCUAGGUGUUUUUGAGGUCAGAUAGUUUCAUGUCCAGGUAAGCGAGAUGAGAUGGCAACCGGGCUAUUCCAGCUGCACCUGAGCACACACACACUCUGCACAGUUUAUUACCGCUUUACAAAAUAACACCGCCAGGUAUCCCGUGCUGGCUGUAACCAACGCCCCUGACACCGCGGUGGUGAUGGCCAUGGCUGCACCAGCCGGGCUUUGGGCUCCUCGCCCUGCCAGCACCAUCCCCGGCCCGGCCUGCCGGCAGGGAAAGGCCCCGACCCCUCCGGGAAGGGUCCCCGCCGCCCAGCCCCAACAGCGAAGGGCCCGGCCGCUACUUGCUCUCGGCGGGGUCACCGCAAGCGGCGCGGCCCGGCCCGGCCCCGCGGCACCUCCCCCGGCGCCGCCCGGCCCCGCGGCCUGCCCGGCGCUGGUUCCCGCCCCGCCCCGGUCCCUCCCCGCUCCAGCCAGCCGGCAUUUCCUGGGCCGGCCGUGGCCGCGACGGGCCCUGAGGCGAAGCUGCUCGCUGCCCGCGCGGGCUCCGCGCUGUGGUAACCCCCGCUCCCGCUGCGGGGAACGUUGCGGCUGCAACGGCCGGAGGGUGCGGGCGGCUGGGAGCCGCUUGCCAGGCCGUUUCCCCGGGGCGCCGCUGCCGCCUCCCUGGCUCCUGAAGUACUGCGGGUCAGCCUGUCAUGGAGGGAACCAGGCAAACCAGGAUUUGUCGUCCACACAAGAUAAGUGAAUCCUCAAAGGUGUACAGGUGGGAUGACCACUCCAGUCUAGUUCUUCAGAGCCUGAAUGAGCAGAGGCAGCGAGGCCUCUUCUGUGACAUUGUCCUUGUGGUGGAUGAACAGAGAGUCCCUGCCCAUCGGAACCUCCUCGCUGUUUGCAGUGACUACUUCAACUCUAUGUUCACCAUCGGUAUGCGAGAAGCCCACCAAAAAGAGGUUGAACUUUUUGGAGCCUCUUAUAUCGGUCUCAAGGCUGUGGUGGAUUUCCUUUACGGCAGUGAGCUGUCUUUAGAUGGUGGCAAUAUUGACUACGUGCUCGAAACAGCUCACCUGCUGCAGAUCUGGAAGGUGGUCGACUUCUGUUGCGAGUAUCUGGAGAACGAAGUCAGCGAGGAGAACUAUUUGUACUUGCAAGAGCUGGCCUCUAUUUACAACCUGAAGCGCCUUGACUCCUACAUUGAUUCUUUCAUCUUGCAGAACUUCGGCACGCUGUCUUUCACCCCAGACUUCCUGCAGAACGUUUCCCUGCAGAAGUUGUGCCAAUACCUGGACAGCAGCAACGUGCAGCAGGAGUGCGAGCAUGACUUACUGCAGGCUGCCUUGCAGUGGCUUACCCAGUACCCGGAAAGGGAGAACGAGGCUUACCAGGUUCUGGAGAACAUUCAUUUUCCCUUGAUACCUAAAAGUGAUCUCCUCCAUCGAGUCAAGCCUGCUGUCUGCUCUCUUCUUCCCAAAGAAGCAAACUGUGAGGGGUUUAUAGAGGAGGCGGUGAACUAUCAUAAUAACGUCACGGCUCAGCCAGUGCUGCAAAACAAACGGACAGCCCUGCGGACCUGCGAGGAGAGGCUCCUCUUUGUGGGUGGGGAGGUUUCCGAACGGUGCCUGGAACUGAGUGAUGAUACCUGCUUCUUGGACGUGAGGAAGGGGCAGUGGGUAGCAGAAACCCCUCUCCCAGCCAGACGAAGUCACCACUGUGUUGCAGUCUUGGGAGGCUUCAUCUUCAUAGCCGGAGGCAGCUUUUCAAGAGACAACGGAGGGGAUGCAGCUUCAAAUCUCCUAUAUAGGUAUGAUCCCCGCUGUAACCAGUGGAUAAAGGUUGCCUCCAUGAGACAACGCCGGGUAGAUUUCUACCUGGGAGCUAUUACCGACAUGCUGGUAGCUGUUGGUGGCAGGAAUGAGAACGGGGCACUCUCUUCAGUUGAGACCUACAGUCCUCAGAAGGAUUCAUGGUCCUAUAUAGCAGGCUUGCCGAGGUUUACCUACGGCCACGCUGGAACAGUCUACAAGGAAUUUGUCUACAUUUCAGGAGGCCACGAUUACCAAAUUGGCCCCUAUAGAAAAAACCUGCUCUGUUACGAUUACCGCACGGAUGUUUGGGAGGAGAAGAGGCCGAUGAUCACUGCCCGAGGGUGGCACAGCAUGUGCACCUUACAGGACAAUAUCUACUCCAUCGGUGGCAGCGAUGACAACAUAGAAACCAUGGCUCGUUUUGACAUUCUCAGCGUGGAGUCAUACAGCCCUCAAUGUAACCAGUGGACCAGAGUUGCUCCUCUCUUGCAAGCGAACAGCGAGUCAGGGGUGGCAGUUUGGGAAGGCAAGAUUUAUAUCCUCGGAGGCUACAGCUGGGAAGAAACAGUCUUCUCCAAAACAGUCCAGGUUUAUGAUAAGGAGAAAAAUAAGUGGUACAAGGGAACUGACUUACCCAAGGCGAUUGCUGGUGUGUCGGCGUGUGUCUGUGCAUUGAAACCCAAAACAGAGGACAAAAAGAAAAAGACGAAAACAAAAAAACAUCAAGAUCGAGGAAGAUGACUAGUUCUGGAUAACCAUCCUUUGAUGGUGGACUCCAAAAGAACCUUGUAUUUAAUCAUUUCUAUCUAACCUUGAUUCUUUCUUUUUAAAGGGGUGAGGGUGGGGGGGAGGCAUCUUCUGAAGCCUCACAAAAUGUACAGUUGAAUGUGGUUUUUUGGAUUAAGCUCAUGUUUAAGGUAAAAACAACAAAAGAAACAACAACAAAAAAAGCCCUCCUACUAUAUAAGGGGUGAUAUGGCAGGAGAGGUUACAUUGCUCUCCUGAAUGUUAAGGCUUAGUCUUUUACUUCUGUGGUUCAUGGCAUUUCCACGUACAUUGUAUUGUAUCAACUUUUUUAAAAUAAGGUUGAAUCUGUGGCUGAGACGAUAAUGUCAAGGGGGAGGAGGCAGAGUAGUAAGUGUUGGGUUUGAAGUUACAGAGCAGUUCAAAGGAGUUCAGAAGCAACUGCUAAGAAAAAAUGAAAUUAAUCUUCCAUGUUGUAAAUCUUGAAUUUUUGUAAUGUUAAAUUUCAUUUACAAUACGUUCUUGAGUUGUUAGUGUCAGAUUUCUGGAACACAUGAGUGUUCAAAGGGAACCUUGCUUUUGGUGAAUGCAGGUCAGAUCAGUUUGAAGAGCAAAUAACUCCACUGUACCCUUAGGAUGAAGACAACCUUCCUUUGUGGCUAAAGAAUAGAUGGGAUUGACUUGGGCUUGGAUUGAUACCAUGGUGAAUUUUGAAAUCUGGAAAAGGUGAGGUGACUUUUGCAUCCCUCAUUGUGGCUCUUUUCAUAUAUAAACACAACAUUAAGUUUUUCUUAGGCUUUAAAACAUGCCCCAGAAUGAGGGGGGGGAAAUCUAUCGAAGAACUUGAAAGAAGAUUUGAGGAUUUGGAUGGAAGCUGUACACUUUGCCUUGGGCUUCAAAGGAGAUGCAACUGAUAGAGCUCACUGUGAGUCUGGGUUUUGCUGAACAGCAUGACGGUGGGGAGAAAUGGCAGGAUCCUUCAGCUGAACUUGAAACAAGAUGUCCCCCCAGCCCUACCAGGCUGUAAAAGCUGGGAUUAGUUUAACUCGAACCUCACAGUGGUCACGGCUAGUAGCCAGUGUGAGCAGGGGCCCAUACCAGACUUGUCUGCUGUCAAAAAUCUUAAUAACUGAGGAUGAUUAAUUGGGAUUCGGUAAUCCUGAAGAACAGCAACUUGGGUUUUUUUUACCUGAGCUAACAGCUCAUACUUUCGUCUUUUUUUUUUUUUCUCUUUCUCCUCCUUUUCUCUCUUUCUUUCUCUUUUUUUUUUUCCCCCCCCAAGUUCAAAAUGUAUUUUCAUGAGCAUAGCCUUUUCUGAUGCAGUUGGUGGGGACUUGAAGCCACAGCUCAUGGGGCAUGGAACCGAACGCCUUCCCCAGCCAGCCAGACUCAAAAGGAAGAAACCCAAAAUAUAGUUGGGACUCUGUUUGGGACCCAGACAGUAGGACUGAACUGAAAAUCAUCUCUUAAAUCCUCUGUGUCAAACUAUCCUUUGCAUACCAAGUAAAGAGAUUUCUGACCUAAGUGUUAGUCCACCCUCUACAAACACAGCUGAUUCUGCUGCAGAUAAUAAAAUUCCCCGACUGUCUGGCCAGCUUUCAGGCAUUCACCCUGGGGCGUUUUACAACUCCACCUCUGAUUUGCAAGAAGUCGAUCACCAGCAAUCUGAUACAACCACUUCAGUUAUUGUAAUAAUGCCAGGCCACAGAUUCAUAUUCCUCCUUCCCAAAUGAAAUUUUUAGAAAGUUUUUAAAAACAACUUUUAUACUUUUAUAUAACGCAUUUUGCUAACUCAGUCUCUUGUUUGCCAUAUAUUAUAUUAUUUACUAUAGAAGCUACUGCUCUGUAAUUGUGACCCCGUUGUUGCCGUCAGGAACUCAUCAUUUGAUGGAUCUUUCUGUCUUUGUGUAGUUGGUUGGGAUGCGGUGCAGCUGUUGGAGCAGCAUUUACAUUCUCAGCAUUGUCAGGCAGUCAGCUAUAAUUGCGACUGUUGUACCGCCUCUUCCCCGAUAGUCCAGCUCGCCAGACGUGCUAAUAAACACGCUUUAUUUUCAGCUAUUGGUGAUCUGCUGAGUGGAUUUCAAGGGCUUUGGUUUAAAGUUCUGCUGAGGAACUGUUGGUUGUUGCUGUUACUUCUUCCACAACUCCCUUGUGCACCAUAAUCGUGUAUUUCAGAUUUGCCCCCCUUUUUUUUCCCCCCAUCUGAUGGACAGACAGUUGAUACCUGCUACCUGCCCUUUUUUUUUCCCCCUCCAACUAUUUACUUCAAUAAUUGGAAAACACUAAGAAAACAUUUUUGCACUUAAUUUAAUUUGAAGCUCUUGUAAAUUAAAGAACUCUUAGAUAUAUUACAAGAACAUAUUUGUGUUGAAAGAGGUACCUCUGAAUAAAUUUCUGGAGUGCAAGGAAGUUACAGGUUUCUCCUUCAGUGCUAAGAAAGGAUUUAAGAAAACUAGUUGAAAUUAAUUUUGUGAAACUCCUUGAGGGUUUUUUUUAUAUAUAUUAAAAAAAAAAAAAGCCUCAGGAGCUAGUCUUUCAUUUGCAUUAAUAGAUUUGUUUUAAAGCCUUUGUACACUGCAUGAGGUAAUAGUUACUCUUUUUUAUCCUAAAAAUAAAUAAAAAGAAACAAAACCAAACAUUUUUGUUAUGACAAACUCAUUCAUGAGUUGUUUGGGUUUUUUUAUAUCUGAGAUCCUUGCUAUGUUGACUGACAACUACUUAACUUUUUGGGACAUUUUCAUGUGUAAGUAUAGAACAAAAGUUUCAAAGACUUGCUUUGUUUCUGUUAAUGGGUUGCUUGUUACGAUAUCCCCCCUUUUAAUGUGUUUAGGUAUUACAUUAAUGUCUGGAAACAAUAAAUCCAGUUUAGAAUA